CUCGUCUCGUCUCGGAGUUUCGGAGCACAGGGCUCUUUGUGCCGCACUUGCGUAUUGUACUACACGUGUGGGCUCGAAUCUGGUGUUUGCUCUCGAACAAAAAAAAAAAAAGACAUAAACAUACUUGGCAAUUAACGAGGAGAUUAAUAAAAAAAAUAAUCGAAAGUGCCGUGACAGUGGAGGGAGGGAGAGAGAGAAAGUUAAUCAAUAGCGCCGACAGUGCAGUGUUCCUAUGCCGAUAGCACGUUUGGACAGGUAGAAGCUAAGCGAGAAAAUGGACGGCAAAAUUUCCUCAGAGAAGCCCAAGAACCCAAGGGAGAACGCAAAUCCACUGAGCGCGUUAACAUUUGGUUACAUCCUUCGGCUGUUCUGGGUGGGCUACCGUCGCGACCUCGACAUCCAAGACCUGUACCAGCCGCUGAAGGAACACACGAGCAACCUACUGGGUGAGAAGAUUGCGCGAUUAUGGGAGGAGGAGUGCCAGCGCGUGAAAAACAAGCAGCUGUCCAAACGAAAAAGCGGCGAUAGGGGCAAGGAGGGGGACGACCCACCUGGGACCCAUCAAGGCCCCCAGCCGAGCUUGCUGCGCGUGCUCUGGAAAUGCUUCGGCUGCAAAAUUAUGCUCUACGGGGUUGUCCUCGCCAUUUUCGAAAUUGGACUCAGAGUGCUGCAGCCGCAGUUCCUGGCCUACCUGCUGAAGUACUUCACGGGCAGCGGCAACGUGAGCCUCAACGAGGCGUACCUGUACGCCCUGGGGGUGAUCCUCUGCUCGGCUCUGAACGUCUUCGUGAUCCACCCGUACAUGAUGGCCAUCCUCCACAUGGGCAUGAAAAUGCGGGUGGCCUGUUGCACCCUCAUCUACCGCAAGUCCCUCAAGUUGUCGCGCACGGCCUUGGGCGAGACGACGGUUGGCCAGGCGGUGAACCUACUCUCGAACGACGUCAACCGGUUCGACGUGGCCACGAUAUUCCUCCACUACUUGUGGAUCGGGCCCCUCCAGACGAUGAUCGUCAUGUACGUCAUGUACAACGAGGUCCAAAAGUCAGCCAUCAUCGGGGUGGCGACCCUGCUGAUGUUCAUACCGCUGCAAGGCUUCCUGGGGAAAAAGUCAUCGUCCCUGAGACUCAAGACCGCUAUAAGGACAGACGAGCGGGUGAGGCUGACCAACGAGAUCAUAAACGGCAUACAAGCCAUCAAGAUGUACACCUGGGAGAAGCCGUUCAGCGCGCUCAUCCACAAGGCCAGGUUCAACGAGAUCAAAGUCAUAAGGGGCAUGUCGUACGUCAGGGGGGCCAUCAUGUCCUUCAUCAUAUUCUCGACGAGGCUCUCUUUGUUCAUCACGAUACUCACGUACGUCCUCCUGGGAAAUGACAUCACCGCCGAGACCGUAUUCAUGCUCACGGCCUAUUACAACAUACUCAGGACCAACAUGACCGUUUUCUUUCCCCAAGGUAUAACCCAGAUAGCCGAGGUGCUGGUGUCCAUCCGGCGUCUGCAAAAGUUCAUGCUGUACGAGGAGGUGUCGACUCGCGCGCACCGCAGUAUGAUUUACCGGAAGCCGAGGGAGGAAAUGGACACUGGGAAAAAGGGCAAGAAGAGGAAGCCGGAGGAGAACGGCAAGGCGGCGGCGAAUACUUUGGCCGAGGAGGAGGUCGACAACAGCGGGUCCAUCAAGCUGGACAAUGUGUCGGCCAAGUGGUUGGCGCACGAAAAAACCGACACCUUGGCGGGGAUCAGUUUGGACGUCAAGCCGGGAGAGCUGCUCGCCGUUGUCGGCCAGGUUGGCUCGGGAAAGUCCAGUUUGCUCAACGUCAUACUCAAGGAACUCCCGCUUAACUCUGGAAGGGUCGAGGUCAAUGGUCAAAUAGCGUACGCGAGCCAAGAGCCGUGGUUGUUCGCGGGCUCGGUGCGCCAGAACAUACUGUUCGGGAGGAAAAUGGUCCAGCACAGGUACGAGCAGGUGAUCAAAGUGUGCCAGCUCAGGAGGGACUUGAGACUGCUGCCCUACGGCGACAAGACCAUCGUCGGCGAGCGGGGAAUCAGCCUUUCCGGAGGACAAAGAGCCAGGAUCAACUUGGCCAGAGCCGUCUACUCGGACACGCCGAUCUACGCGUUCGACGACCCACUGAGCGCUGUGGACGCCCACGUGGGCAAGCACAUGUUCGAGGAGUGCAUCACCAAGUACCUGAGGAAGAAGACGAGGAUCCUGGUCACCCAUCAACUCCAGUACCUCAACACGGUCGACAGGAUCAUCGUACUGAAGGACGGGCUGAUCAAGGCUCAGGGGUCGUUCGACCAGCUGGUGGCCCAGGGGGUGGACUUUGGCCGGCUACUCGAGUCCCAGUCGGCCAAGGAGAACACGAAGGACGAAGCCGGGGGCUCGGCACCAGUGAGCCGCAGCACAUCGCGCCAGGGUAGCAUAACGUCUCUCAGCUCCUUCAUGACGAACGAGAACAACCUGGGAAUCGGCGAUCCCCAGGAAGAGGAGGAAAUGCGGAGCAAAGGCUCGGUCGGUGGCUGGGUCUACCGGGGCUACUUCGGCGCCGGAGGCAACUGUUGCGUCGUGUUCACCAUGUUUCUCCUCUGCAUCCUAUCCCAGUUCUUUGCCAGUUUCGGCGACUACUUCAUAUCCAUGUGGGUCAGCAUGGAGGAGAAAUCCAAGGACGGGUGGGUGGGCUUCAUCUCGCGCGAGGAGUGCAUCUACAUUUACAGCGGGAUCACGGUGCUGACCAUCAUAGUGACCCUCGUGCGCUCCUCGGCGUUCUUCAACAUGUGCAUGCGGGCCUCGCGCAACCUCCACGACACCAUGUUCAGUUCGGUCAGUCGAGCGACCAUGCGCUUCUUCAACACCAACACUUCAGGCCGGAUCCUCAAUCGGUUCUCCAAGGACAUGGGCGCGGUGGACGAGCUCCUGCCGGUCGCUCUGAUCGAUUGCCUACAGAUCGGGCUGUCCCUCCUUGGUAUCAUCGUCGUCGUGGCCAUGUCGAAGCCGUGGCUGCUCCUCGCGACCUUCGCCAUAAGCUUCGUCUUUUGGUACAUCAGAGUCUUUUACAUCGCCACCGGGCGCAGCGUCAAGCGACUCGAGGGCGUCACUCGUUCACCUGUUUUUGGUCACCUGAGCGCCACCCUGCAGGGUCUGGCGACCAUCCGGUCGUUCGACGCGGACGAGACCCUCAUCAACGAGUUUGACAACCACCAGGACCUCCACUCGUCGGCUUGGUACAUCUUCAUAGCGACCUCUCGGGCCUUUGGCUUCUACCUCGACGUCUUUUGCCUGGUGUACAUAACCCUCGUGACCCUGAGCUUCCUCAUCAUGAGCACCAACGACGACAAGCCCGACGGUGCCUCCGUUGGUCUGGCCAUCACCCAGAGCAUCGGUCUCACCGGUAUGUUCCAGUGGGGCAUGCGCCAGAGCACCGAACUCGAGAACCAGAUGACCUCCGUGGAGCGCAUUCUCGAGUACAGCAAAUUGCCGAGCGAGCCAGCGCUGGAGAGCCUUCCGGACAAAAAGCCGAGCGACGACUGGCCCUCCGAGGGCAAAAUCGAGUUCAAGUCCGUAUUCCUGCGCUACUCCCCAACCGAGCCUCCCGUGCUCAAGAACCUCAACUUCACGAUCCAGCCAAAGGAGAAGAUCGGUAUCGUGGGCCGAACCGGCGCCGGUAAAUCCUCCCUCAUCCAGUCGCUCUUCAGGCUGGCCGACGUGCAGGGCCAGAUCGAGAUCGACGGGGUGGAGACGGGAGAGAUCGGCCUCCACGACCUUCGCCAGCAGAUCAGCAUAAUUCCCCAGGAGCCGUUCCUGUUCUCGGGCACCCUGCGCAAGAACCUCGAUCCCUUCGACACAUACGACGACGCAGUUCUGUGGCAGGCCCUCGAGGAGGUCGAGCUCAAGGAGAUGGGCCUGCAGGCACACAUCAACGAGGGUGGCAGCAACAUGAGCGUCGGCCAGAGACAGUUAGUCUGCCUGGCCCGGGCGAUCGUCAAGAACAACCCCAUACUCGUGCUAGACGAGGCUACGGCCAACGUCGACCCCAAGACCGACGAGCUCAUACAAAAGACCAUCAGGACCAAGUUCGCCGAGUGCACGGUGCUCACGAUAGCCCACAGGCUCAACACCGUCAUGGACAGCGAUCGCAUCCUCGUCAUGGACGCCGGCACGGCUGUGGAGUUUGACCAUCCCCACGUGCUUCUGCAGAAAGAGUCGGGCUACCUGCGAAGUAUGGUCAACGAGACCGGUCCAGCGAUGGCGGAGGCUCUGCAGGAAGUGGCCGAGAGGGCCUACAACACCAACAGCUACGACACGGCCCUUUGAAGGGGGUAUUCUUUUUAUUCUCGCGCGAAUCGCGAGUGACGCGAAACUGUGAAAAUCGUUUCGACCGGUGGCGAAUUUUUCGUCCCCGGGCGACCAAGUACUCGGGAGGGACAAGCGCGAGUAAGGCCGUCCAACCUCUGUCUCGUUAUCGGAGAGCCGGUGUUUUCUUCCACUGCACAGUAUUACUUUACAACAAAUUUUUUUAUUCCUUUGUACAUCGCUUUGCUGUACAACUUUUGAAGGACAAUUUACGCAUAAACAUCAUUUACCGCCAUUAGGACGUUAAUGUUGACGGGAGCAUUGCGAUGAUACUUUUUUUCGGUGCUUUUAUACGUACGUCAAAUAUAUACACGCACUUUUUGCCUAAUGAGGCUGCGCUUUGGGUAACGAUUAGGUUUUUUUUUUUUUUUUUUUUUUUUU